UGUGCAAGGAUCCACCCUACAAAGUUGAAGAAUCUGGGUAUGCUGGUUUCAUUUUACCAAUUGAGGUUUACUUCAAAAACAAGGAAGAACCUAAGAAAGUUCGAUUUGACUAUGACUUAUUCCUGCACCUUGAAGGCCACCCACCUGUAAAUCACCUCCGCUGUGAAAAGCUCACAUUCAACAACCCGACAGAGGAAUUCAGAAGAAAGCUGCUAAAGGCAGGAGGGAUCAUGGUAAUGUCAGACGGCACAUCGUUCUCUUCAGGACAGAGUCUUCAUCUCCCCAUCCUUCCCAGUAAUUCCCUGUCUUUUUCUGAAGUGAAGAAGAAAUCAUCUCAUGGCCCAAAGGACCCAACUAGGAUUCUGAAGACAAAUAGCAGCAGCAGCAGUAGUAACAGUUUUUCAAAGACCCAAAAGUUAACAAAGGAGCACAAGGAAAAAACUUCUAAAGACUCAAAAGAACAUAAAAGUGCCUUCAAAGAACCUUCCAGGGAACACAACAAAUCUUCCAAAGAAUCCUUUAAGAAACCCAAAGAAAAUAAACCACUAAAAGAUGAAAAAAUAGUUCCUAAGAUGGCCUUCAAGGAACCCAAGCCCAUGUCCAAGGAGCCAAAAUCUGAAAACACCCCCAUCCUUACCAUAACAGCUGGGCUGCAGCAAGAAAAGAAGACCCCCACAAAAAGGCCCUCUGUUCUGGACUCUGAUGAACCUUCUGCAAAAAAAAGAAAAAAAAGUAGCUCGAAUUCGUUAUAUAAAAGUUUUUCUAGUGCCCCACCACUGAUUCUUACUUGUUCAGCUGGCAAAAAACAAAGAAAGGACAGAUCUCAACUCAAGGUGGGGAGAGUCAAAAUUGAAAAUGAUGCACUGGAAAAGAAGAUGCCUACUCUGCCACCUUUUGAUGAUAUUGUAGAUCCCAGUGAUUCUGUCCCAGAGGAAAAUAUGUCCUCCAAAUCUGAA